AUGAGGACCUAGGGCAGCUGCCUGCUGACCCCCAGCCUGCAGUGACCAUGGCCCCCCGCAAGAGGAGCCGCCAUGGCCUGGGCUUCUUGUGCUGCUUCGGGGGCAGCGACCUCCCCGAGAUCAACCUCCGGGACAACCACCCUCUGCAGUACAUGGAAUUCUCCAGCCCCAUUCCAAACCCAGAGGAGCUUAACGUCCGCUUCGCAGAGCUGGUGGAUGAAUUGGAUCUCACUGACAAAAACCGGGAGGCUGUGUUUGCACUGCCUCCGGAGAAGAAAUGGCAGAUCUACUGCAGCAAGAAGAAGGAGCAGGAGGACCCCAACAAGCUGGCGACCAGCUGGCCUGACUAUUAUAUCGACCGUAUCAACUCCAUGGCUGCGAUGCAGAGUCUGUACGCAUUUGAUGAGGAGGAGACCGAGAUGAGGAACCAAGUCGUGGAAGACCUGAAGACAGCUCUUCGGACGCAGCCCAUGAGGUUUGUGACCCGCUUUAUCGAGCUGGAGGGCUUGACCUGUCUGCUGAAUUUCCUCCGGAGCAUGGACCACGCCACCUGUGAGAGUCGCAUCCACACAUCCCUCAUUGGCUGCAUCAAGGCACUGAUGAACAACUCCCAGGGCCGGGCACAUGUGCUGGCACAGCCAGAGGCCAUCAGCACCAUUGCCCAGAGCCUGCGCACUGAGAACAGCAAGACCAAGGUGGCGGUUCUGGAGAUCCUAGGCGCUGUGUGCCUUGUGCCUGGUGGCCACAAGAAGGUACUGCAGGCCAUGCUGCACUACCAGGUGUAUGCGGCCGAGCGGACGCGCUUCCAGACACUGCUGAAUGAGCUAGACCGAAGUUUGGGCCAAUACCGGGAUGAAGUGAACCUAAAAACAGCUAUCAUGUCCUUUAUCAAUGCUGUCCUCAACGCUGGAGCUGGAGAGGAUAAUCUGGAGUUCCGCCUACAUCUACGGUAUGAGUUCCUGAUGCUGGGGAUACAGCCUGUGAUUGACAAACUCCGGCAACACGAGAAUGCCAUCCUGGACAAACAUUUAGACUUCUUCGAGAUGGUCCGGAAUGAGGAUGAUCUGGAGCUAGCCAGAAGGUUUGACAUGGUCCACAUUGACACCAAGAGUGCAUCCCAGAUGUUUGAGCUGAUCCACAAGAAGCUGAAAUACACCGAGGCCUACCCCUGCCUGCUCUCUGUCCUGCACCACUGCCUGCAAAUGCCCUAUAAGCGGAAUGGCGGCUACUUCCAGCAGUGGCAGCUCCUGGACCGCAUCCUCCAGCAGAUUGUCCUCCAGGAUGAGAGGGGCGUGGACCCUGACCUGGCGCCACUGGAGAACUUCAACGUCAAGAACAUUGUCAACAUGCUCAUCAAUGAGAAUGAAGUGAAACAGUGGCGAGAACAGGCUGAGAAGUUCCGGAAAGAACACACGGAGCUAGCGAGCCGGCUGGAGAGGAAGGAGAGGGAAUGCGAGACAAAGACGUUGGAGAAGGAAGAGAUGAUGCGAACACUGAACAAGAUGAAGGACAAGCUGGCCCGAGAGUCCCAGGAGCUACGCCAGGCUCGGGGACAAGUGGCAGAGCUGGUAGCCCAACUCAGUGAAAUCUCAACAGGCCCUGUAUCCUCUCCGCCUCCCCCUGGGGGCCCACUUGCCUUGUCUUCCUUGAUGAUAACCAAUGACCUGCCUCCACCCCCACCCCCUCUACCUUUUGCCUGCUGCCCCCCACCACCACCACCACCCCUUCUACCUGGUGGGCCUCCCACUCCCCCAGGCGCCCCACCUUGCUUCAGCAUGGGCCUGCCCCAUCCACCGGACCCCUUCCCUAGCAGUGAUGCCCCACUCAGGAAGAAACAUGUUCCCCAGCCUUCCCACCCACUGAAAUCCUUCAACUGGGUCAAGCUGAAUGAGGAACGUGUCCCUGGUACUGUAUGGAAUGAGAUUGAUGACAUGCAGGUAUUUCGGAUUCUGGACCUAGAGGAUUUUGAAAAAAUGUUUUCAGCCUAUCAGAGGCAUCAGAAAGAGCUGGGCUCCACCGAGGACAUCUACCUGGCCUCCCGCAAGGUCAAAGAGCUGUCUGUCAUUGAUGGCCGGAGGGCCCAGAACUGCAUCAUCCUCCUCUCCAAGCUGAAGCUUUCUAACGAGGAGAUCCGGCAGGCCAUCUUGAAGAUGGAUGAGCAGGAGGACCUCGCGAAGGACAUGCUGGAGCAGCUCCUCAAGUUCAUCCCGGAGAAGAGCGACAUUGACCUCCUGGAGGAGCACAAGCAUGAGAUCGAGCGGAUGGCCCGUGCUGACCGCUUCCUUUAUGAAAUGAGCAGGAUCGACCACUACCAGCAGCGACUACAGGCCCUCUUCUUCAAGAAGAAGUUCCAGGAGCGGCUGGCUGAGGCCAAGCCCAAAGUAGAAGCCAUCUUGCUGGCCUCCCAGGAGCUGACCCGCAGCAAGCGUCUAAAGAAGAUGCUAGAGGUCAUCUUGGCCAUUGGAAACUUCAUGAACAAAGGGCAGCGUGGGGGCGCCUACGGGUUCCGGGUAGCCAGUCUCAACAAGAUUGCUGACACCAAGUCCAGCAUCGACAGAAACAUCUCUCUGCUCCAUUACCUGAUCAUGAUCCUGGAGAAGCAUUUCCCUGACAUCCUGAACAUGCCCUCGGAGCUGCAGCAUCUUCCAGAAGCCGCCAAAGUCAACCUGGCAGAGCUGGAGAAGGAGGUGGGCAACCUCAAGAGGGGCCUCAGAGCAGUCGAGGUGGAGCUGGAGUAUCAGAAACGCCAGGUGCGGGAACCCAAUGACAAGUUUGUACCAGUCAUGAGUGACUUCAUCACUGUCUCCAGCUUUAGCUUCUCGGAGCUGGAGGACCAGCUAAAUGAGGCCAAGGACAAGUUCGCCAAGGCUCUGAUGCACUUCGGAGAGCAGGAGAGCAAGAUGCAGCCGGACGAAUUCUUUGGCAUCUUUGACACCUUCCUGCAGGCCUUCUCGGAGGCCCGGCAGGACCUGGAGGCCAUGAGGAGGAGGAAGGAGGAGGAGGAGCGGCGGGCACGCAUGGAGGCCAUGCUGAAAGAGCAGAGGGAGCGGGAGCGGUGGCAGCGGCAGCGGAAGGUCCUCGCAGGCAGCGCGCUGGAGGAGGGAGGCGAAUUCGAUGACCUGGUGUCGGCCCUGCGCUCGGGGGAAGUUUUCGACAAGGACUUGAGCAAGCUCAAGCGCAGCCGCAAACGAUCGGGGAACCAGGCCCUGGAAGUCACCCGGGAGCGGGCAAUAAACAGGCUAAAUUAUUGA